CGGAGGGUCUAACCUUACCCUGUCCUCCGUUGCUGUACAAGGGCAGACCAUCAUCAUUAUUCUUGCGCCCCCCUCCGCAAACGUCGCGCUUUUCUUUCUGAAGGAUUCGCGACCUCUUGGCCGUGACUUUGUUUCUUAAAGGCAGUUUUGAUGGGAUUUACCUGAGGUUUUUCUGCUAAAUCCGCGUACACUUUCCAGUCAUGGGUAUCCCAAUGUACCGUGAGCCCUCUCCUGAGGCCAGCAAGAGCAAACCCAUUAAAGAUCCUUCUGCCGCUACGCGUUCUGCAAUCCGUCGCCAGGCCACUAUUCGUCGCCCGUCGCGUCAUAGUACUUCCACCUUACGAGGCGCUUCAUUACGUUCACCCUUCCCUCGUGAGAUCGCAGACGAGAUUGAGCGCGAGGCGCAUGGAUUACACCAUCACAUACGGUCUCCUGUCCCGAACACUACCUCCGGUGAAGAUCCGUUCGAUUUGAGUUCCAUGAUCAGCGAUGCCAACAGGCGCGAGGCUGGUCAACGCUUGCUGCACGAAGCGCUUCGCCAUGGACGUCCCGGCCAGCGAAUGAGGAUUCCGCGCAACACCGUUAAUUCAGAUUCGUAUCGCCGCCCUUCACCAGCGGUUGACUCUGGCCGCCGACAGAGCUCGGAGCAUACUGCCGCUUUUACGCCAAGUUUUGCGCCUGCUAUUGCAUACCACAGAAGACUAUCUCCGCCGCCCCAGACGCGCCCAAGCCUUUCAUCUUUCCCCCCAGAGGGUUUUGAGGUCGUUGGGUCGACUGUACCGUUGCUAAGGCGAGUCGGUCGGCGGUCUGUCAACGAGGCGAACCGGACGAUGCAUCGCGACAUGACUGUUGAUGGUCUCGGUGACCGUCAACGCAGCAUGAGCCCAGAUGAUGACGCUUCGAAUGACGCGUGGGAAACCCUUUUGACUACAAUUACGCCCGAUGACAAUCUUCCUAGCGCCGAUUCUUCCUUUGCUUCAGCGUCGGCAUCCGGGCUGAAUGCAUCAGGGAGCGCGGGGUCAAGAAAUCCAGGAAGCUCUUCUCAGACACUUCCUAGCUCCCUCGAUUCAAGUACAGCAACGGUGCGGAUGGUGCUGGAUCCGUACCCAGAAUAUAUCAAUCCAUGUGACUAUCCUAGUUCCACAGAUUCCGAUUCUGCAUCGGAAGGAGAUUUUAAUCAGCUCUCUUUGUGGCGGCGCUCCCGUCGCCGAGUGCACCAAAUGGGUACUUCCAGACGCUCAGAUGACUUGCACUCAACAAUGAGUAGCCAUCCUCCUAUUCCCACAAUCUCAUUCGCCUUUUCCAACUCUUCUACCGAUCCAGAACUGCAGCAGAUGCAAGCGAUAUUGGAUCGGCUUGCUCGUAGGGAAGUCAUACCUGAUGACUGGUGGGCAGCAGCCGGACUGUCUCCCACCAUUGGCCAUAGGCUUGGCACAAACAACGGUUCCAAUGACACCGAAACUAUGGAUGCGUCGGCUAGACCGUUAUGAAAAUGCUUAUCUGAUCUUUUGACCUGUGAUAUGAUUAUUCCUUGGUUCUCAAUCAGGGGCAAUUGUUCGGAGUGUUUCCGGUCUCAGCGAGAAGGAUGAUGGGCGUUCCUGGGUUUCCGAAGCUGGUUUUACUUUCAAUAGCUCGAGUGAGCGGAGCUCUUUGCUUUGGGUGUUGCUUGAUAGUCCUAUAAAUCGUGUCAGAAUAUCUGUGCACAUAUGCCCCAGUUGUUGCUGGUUAGCUGUUUAAAAACAAAGAACAGUGAUUUGCCC